CGGGCUUUAACUUGUGGCGCCCGCGCACCCGCCCGCCCGGCCGUCCCGAGAUCGCAUUCUGACGAAGGAGCGCCAGGGCUAGCGGUCGCGUGUCCUACCCACAGUCCCCAUGGCUUCGCAAGGCGUGGACCCCAGAGGGCUGGGAGAUGAUGAGCUGCACUGCCUCCUCAGAGAGCUAGACGAAGUGAUCGAAGACUUUGAUAAUGGCAGCAGCUGUCAGUAUGAGGAACAUCUGGAGGAGCUCAAACAGAAAAAUGGCCUCGGCCUUGGCGUCUAUGACAGUGGGAUCGAUGAAGCUGAGAGCACCAAUCCAUCUCCAGGGAGCAGCUUAAACACCAGUGAGGAGAACAUUCACAUGCCAGCAACUUCUUCCAUUCCCAAAGCUAAGCUUGGAGACACAAAGGACCUGGAGGAUUACAUUGCUGACCUCAACAAAGAGCUGGAGGAAAUGUGAGACGCAUCCCUUGGUCACCCAGUAGACAGAUUGCUGUAGAUGUGCCUGCCUGCAUACACUCCACACGUUUGCCUUCUUCAGGGCAAAACCUCAGAGCCAGAGCAAGGGUCUUUGCCGGGGAAUGGCUAAGACCACUGACUGGGAAUCACCAAUGCACCCAUCGCUCCAUUAUGGUAUCCAGUAAUGCUGCCGUGUCCAUAGUGCGCUAGCUGUUAUUCUGCAAUGCAUUGUAUUCUUUUAUCCAAUCGCGUUAAGGCUGUUUCUGUACUGCUAGGGCCAGUCUGGCUGGUCUGCAUGAUAGGGUGUUCUCUUGCCAAGACACUCAGUGACCUUGGCCAUAUUUUCCAUCCGUGUUGCUCCCAUUUUUUGAUGGGGGGAGAAAGGAAGCAGGAGUCUGGAUCUAGGAUUUCAUCAAUGCUUGGUAGCCCCAAAUCUAGAAAUUCCUUCUGAUGAUGCAGAUCCACACUUUACUGCAUCUUCAAGUCUUUGAGAGUUUCCUGGGGCCCUGAAAGGUUGUGACUUGUCCAGGGUCCCACAGUGAAUAUGUGUGGGAGUCGGGAUUUGGAGCAAGGUCCUCCCUGCCCUCCAUCUUCCCCAUGAGCAAUAACUGGCCCAACAGCUUUGUAAUCCUCGUCUCUGGUCCCCUCCCAAUUGUACAUUAAGUCAUGUUUGGCUGAUAGAUCUGGUGGACCACACAGCUGGUCUAAGCAUCUGUCUCCUAGCGUUUGAAUGCUAACUUGAUUAAAUAUUUGCCUGUAGCUUUGCAGAAAUACUGUGUGAGCAAGAAUCUCCCAAGUGUGAGCCCAGACUGUCUUGUCUUCUUAUUUCAAUUCUGCAGAGGGCCACGAGUCCGUCAACUAUUAGAACUGAGUAGCUGGGCUUCCAGACCUGUCAGGGCUAUAAAGUUCCUUUCCCCAGUAGCUGACCUGCUUCUGAGUGUCUCCUGACCUUAGCCACGUUGGCCUUUUGACAACAAGCAUCCAGUCAGGGACAGAGGGUUCAAAGGGUGGUAGAACUUUCCAGAACCCUCAAGAAGCCAGGAGCAGUACCCUGGUAGAAGCAGGAAAGGAGUUUGGCUGGGAACUUUGACCUAACUGGGGAGAAGGCAAGGGAGGCGGGUUGGAAGAGAACUCACAGCCACCCACAGACAACCCAUGUUGGUGGCAGGAAUAGCAUCUGCCUCCUGCACAGGUAAGGCACGCUGAGCCUGGGGAAAUGGGAGCAGACCCGAUGUCCCCAAGCUGAGAGUGGGCGGUGUGCGGCCCUUUCCUACAAUCAGCCUCCCAGAUGUUUUGACUCUUACCCAUUUAUGACCCUCAGGCAUUGGUGUAAAUACUGUAUGAUAGUGGUGAAUGUUGUAUACAAGUUAACUGUGCUGAUAUAUGGACCAUCUAUGAAUAGAAAUAAAUGUCUUCAUGAAGA